AGCGAAAAUGCGAAACAAAAGUCCUCUCUCUCUCUAAACCCUUUCUCUCUCUAAAAAGCUCACCGAAAAACUCUGCCUAUCUUUUUGAGAAAUGCAAGCAAAAACCCUAGUAAAACGCCAGGAAAGACGCUCCGGAUCUCAAUUGGAGCCUCGAUUGAGGCGAUGAUCUGAUGCAUUUCGCUAAUAGAGAAAGUGUGUGUUUGUUGGAUUGAUUUUUUUGAUUUUUUGGGGGGUUCGGUGUAGAGAUGUAUAAGAACCAGCUGCAGGAGCUGGCGCAGCGGAGCUGCUUCAAUCUGCCGGCCUACACGUCCAUCAGGGAAGGUCCCGAUCACGCGCCGCGCUUCAAGGCCGUCGUUAAUUUUAACGGGGAGACCUUUGAGAGCCCUACCUACUGCUCCACUCUCCGCCAGGCGGAGCACUCUGCAGCUGAGAUGGCGCUUGAUGCGCUCGCCAGCCGCGGCCCGUCAAACUCGCUCGCAGCCCGAAUUCUUGACGAGACAGGUGUAUAUAAGAAUCUAUUGCAGGAGGUUUCACAAAGAGUAGGAGCAACUUUGCCUGCAUAUUCAACUUUCAGAACUGGUCUAGGCCACCUUCCUAUUUUUACGUGUACUGUAGAGUUGGCUGGUGUUAUAUUUACCGGUGUGCCAGCUAAGAACAAGAAGCAAGCAGAAAAGAAUGCUGCCAUGGCAGCUUGGUUAUCUCUUAAAUCUUUAGUGCAACAAACUGAGCUUCCUUAUGAAAGGUCCCAUAAGGAUGAACAGGAGCAUGUGACAGUAGCUCGUGCGCUGCAGAAGUAUCUAAUAAAGGCUAGAUUGGCGAGACUAUCUUUUCCAAUACAAUUUCCUACACUAAAUCCUAGGCCAUCGAGUACACAACCGUCUAUAACUACAACAUCAAGAAUCCUUCCCUUGAUAUGCCCGAAAACUGCUCAGCGCAACAGGCCUAAUCCUGCCUUGAACAACAACCCCACUCUCCAAAAGAAUGUCAGCAUAACUGGCCAGCCAAUGGUUACAGUUCCGAAUGAAUGUCAGUCAUCAUUGGCAGACAUCUUCAAACCCCGGCCACAGAAAUUCCCAGCAGUAGGAGCAGCACCAUAUAUUCCAGUGCAUUGCAAGAUUGCACCCCCAGUGACAAUUCGGAAUGCGAUUCCAGUGUUCUCCGCACCACCACUUCCUUCGCCACAGCCAUCAUUAGUAAUGAGGCCUCCUACUUUGCACAUGGCCCCACCCGUGUCAAUCAGACAAGCUGUUCCUGCAUUUGCUGCUCCAGUACGGAUGGAUGAGCUAUCGUCCGUGGUGCGUCCAUCUGUUAAAGUAGAGGAUCCUCGGAUUUCCAUACCUGCUACACCUCAAGUAGAGGAGCCACCAUUCUCCAAAUUCUCUCCUGUUCUAGUUGAGGACCCUUUUGGUUAUACAAAGCCUGCUGCAGUGGCACCAAUUUCUGAAGCUCCAACAGUUCAAGUCGACCAACCCACAACUGAAGUUCUCACCGUUGAUGUCAGUCCUCCGGCACCAUCAGCCAAAGAGACGACGUCUGCUGAACAGAACAAGCUGCAGGAGCCAGCUGAGGUUGAAAUCAAAGGCCUGAAAGAUCUGAAGAUAUGAUAUUGGAACAGCCAGCUUCUUUCAGUAAGGGAUUAUCUAGGUUUUGGCUUCUUUUUUUUAAUCUCUCUCUCUCUCCCUCUCCCCCCCUCCUUUCUCCUUUUGGUUUACUUAUUCUGUUGUUGUGGGAGGAAUUGUUUCAAGAGUUAAAACUUCUUAUGCUUGCAAUGUUAGAGUAUAUGCUUUAAUGUC